CGUGAGCUAGCCUAGGUGCCUUGGUUCGCUUAUCAUUGUUGAGAGAGCCUUCGCCUUCAUAUUCCGUUUUGAGACAGCUCUAAAUUGUACACACCAUGUCGACCACUCCGCCAGAGAAUAAACUCCAGUCUGCUAGACAGAGGAUCUCUGAUAUGCUGCACGAUCCGGAGAAUCCGCUCGCCGGCAUAUUCGAGAAAGCCGAAAAGACCCUCAGAUUGAAGAGAGAAUGGCUCUUUUUUGGUUUUGUAGUACUAAUUAUUCUCUACCUGAUAAUUGGGCAUGGCACAGGGCUAUUGGUGAACCUAAUUGGAUUUGUCUACCCAGCUUACAAAUCAUGUAAAGCUAUUGAUUCAGAAGAGACAGAUGAUGACACUCAGUGGUUAACCUAUUGGGUUGUGUAUGCUUUCUUUGGUCUUAUUGAAUUUUUCACAGACAUCCUCUUGUCCUGGAUACCAUUUUAUUUCCUUGGAAAGUGUGUUUUUCUGAUAUGGUGCAUGAUGCCAAUGGCUAACAACGGCUCUGCUGUUAUUUAUCAUAACUUCAUCAAACCAUUUAUCAAGAGACAUGAAAAGACUUUUGAGAAAGCCAUUGAUAUGACUAGCAAGCUAGCAAAAGAAGGUGCCAAAGAUGCUUUUGGAGCUCUCAAAGAUGCUGCUGGCAAUAUCAGUGUGGGCGAUAUUCAACGUCUCCAAGAGAAAACAUCACAAUUACACCAACAGUUUGGAGGUGGUGAUGAUGAAGAAGAUAAGAAGGAGCAAUAGUUUGUUGUGACGGAAGCAAUGAAAUUAAUUCAAAUUGUAGUGACAAACAAAUUAAUCAAUAAUAACAAUAAUGUAGCAAUUGAAUCUAUUUUAACAAGUUUGGUUGUGGCAUUUACCUAUUUUGAUAAUACAUUCUUAGGAUAACACAA